GGGAAAACACAAAUGAGAUGAAUACGCGUACCACUGACAGUGUAUAGAGUGGUGUAUUUUUUGCCAACACACACAACACAAACACACGACACAUACAACUGUUGUCACUCACACACUGCUGCUUACCUGUGUGUUUCCUGUCUUUUUCCAAUCUUUGACCCAACCUCAAACAACAACAACAAACAACCCUCACCAACACCACCUUUCGGCGCUCUUUUUCUUUAACCCCAUUUUCCCCUUUCCCUCCACACUCUCUUUUUACCCCAUUUUCUCAUUCCUCAACCACCACCAUCAUAUAUAUGUUUUUUUCUUACCAUUAUUACACAUAUACUAUUGCAAUAUUAUAGUUUUUUAUUAUUAUUAUUAUUAUUAUCGCCUUAAAAUAAACAAAAUUAUAUAAGUUUGUUUUUUAUUGUUGUUGUUAAUGUUGUUUUAUGAAACAACAUAACUGAAUUUGCUUUCUAGCUUCACUCUCAAACCUAGUUUCACAUCUCUACUAAAGAAUAAAGAAUACCCUUUUCAGGUGAAAUCAAACCCACUAAUGCAUGUACACAUUCGAGAACGGCAUUGAACCAAAGUGUGAUUUCUGCUGGAGCUUGACUAGUCAUCUUCUAUGCUGUGUUUUGUAACAGAAAAUAUGGGCUUACUCUGUAGCAAAAGUCGCCGUUAUAAUGAUGCCAACACCGAAGAAAAUGCACAGGCUGCUGAAAUUGAAAGAAGAAUAGAAUUAGAAACAAAGGCUGAAAAGCAUAUUCAGAAACUUCUACUAUUAGGAGCCGGAGAGUCAGGGAAGUCAACUAUAUUUAAGCAGAUAAAACUUUUAUUUCAAACCGGCUUUGACGAGGCAGAGCUAAAAAGCUAUCUACCAGUCAUUCAUGCUAAUGUAUAUCAGACAAUAAAAUUACUUCAUGACGGAUCAAAGGAGUUUGCUCAGAAUGAUGUUAAUUUUUCAAAGUAUGUUAUAUCUGAUGAAAAUAAGGACAUUGGCGAAAAGUUAUCAGAAAUUGGAGGCAGGAUGGAUUACCCUCGUCUCACGAAGGAACUUGCACAGGAAAUAGAGAGUUUGUGGAGGGAUGCUGCAAUUCAGGAAACAUAUGCCCGUGGUAAUGAGCUCCAAGUUCCCGAUUGUACUCAUUAUUUCAUGGAAAAUUUGGAGAGGCUGUCUGAUGCAAAUUAUGUUCCGACAAAGGAGGAUGUAUUGCUUGCAAGAGUUCGUACCACUGGUGUUGUAGAGAUCCAAUUCAGCCCUGUUGGAGAAAACAAGAAAAGUGGUGAAGUCUAUAGACUGUUUGAUGUUGGUGGUCAGAGAAAUGAGAGGAGGAAAUGGAUCCAUCUGUUUGAAGGAGUUUCAGCUGUAAUAUUCUGUGUUGCGAUUAGCGAGUACGAUCAAACACUUUUUGAGGAUGAAAACAAGAACAGAAUGAUGGAGACAAAGGAACUUUUUGAGUGGGUCCUAAAGCAACAAUGUUUCGAGAAAACAUCCUUCAUGUUAUUUUUGAACAAAUUUGACAUAUUUGAGAAGAAGAUCCCGGAUGUACCACUUAAUGUAUGUGAGUGGUUCAAAGAUUACCAGCCAGUUUCAACUGGGAAACAGGAAAUUGAGCAUGCAUACGAGUUUGUAAAGAAAAAAUUUGAGGAAUCAUAUUUCCAGAACACUGCUCCGGAUAGCGUAGACCGAGUCUUUAAGAUCUAUAGAACUACUGCACUUGAUCAGAAGGUUGUGAAGAAGACAUUUAAGCUUGUUGACGAAACUUUGAGACGAAGAAAUCUCUUUGAGGCUGGAUUGUUAUGACCAAUGAAUGGACAAUAUGUUAUAUAAGAGGAAUACAAUAUUUAUACACUGAAAAGGUUAUCAGAUUUUGGGUAUACUAAACAUUAAAUCGAUUUGUUGAUUUUAUUUCUAGUAAAAUCAUGUUGGAGUGAGUGAAUGGAGAUAGGUCUUUCUAUAUAGUGAUCUCUCCACAUUCAUCUUCAAAGGGUAAAUUUGUUUCUAUUAUAAGUUUCAAGAUUUGAUAUCAUGAUAUGUGAUUAUGUUUUUAUAGAUUGAAAAUCAGCAAUGAUAUGAAGUAUUUUAUAUA